GUCUGCAGCAACCACAAGGGGGAGGGGGAGAGCUUUCAAAACAAAACAAAAACAAAACCAGGGAAACAGUCUGGGAGAAAUGAAGUUAAAAGGAUCAAACUUAGCUCCUGAGUGGAAGUGAAAAAUCCAACGUGCUCCCAUUAAAAUGACUUCUCAACGGCCCUUCCCUUCAGAUGACCUCCGCGUCUACUAUGCUCUGGCGUGACGGGACUGCGCAACCUGGGCAACACCUGCUACAUGAACGCCAUCUUGCAGUGCCUGUGCAGCAUAUCUCCACUGGUGGAGUAUUUCCUCUCCGGAAAGUACAUCACCUCUCUUCAGAAGGACUGCAGUGAGGUCACCACCGCCUUUGCCUACCUGAUGACAGACAUGUGGCUUGGGGACUCAGACUGCGUCUCACCAGAGAUAUUUCUGUCGGCUCUUGGCAGCCUUUACCCAGCUUUCCUGAAAAAGACACAGCAAGAUGCUCAGGAGUUCCUGAUUUACGUCCUUAAUGAACUUCAUGAAGCUUUGAAGAAACACUGUCGAAGAAGAGCAUACGAGAAAAGGUCUGCUCAAAGAUGCUACCGGAAGGUGAUGGCCAGUGAAACGUCAAUCAUCACCCGGCUGUUUGAAGGACAGCUCAGUUACAGCAUCACAUGCUUAAAGUGUGAGAACUGCACCUACAAGAAUGAAGUUUUCACUGUCCUCUCCCUCCCCAUCCCAUCCGAAUAUGAGUGCUCCCUUCAGGACUGUCUCCAGUGUUUUUUCCAACAAGACACAUUGACCUGGAACAACCAAAUCCAUUGUUCCUUUUGUGAAAUCAAGCAAGAAACAGCUGUGAGGGCCACUAUUUCCAAAGCGCCAAAAAUAAUUGUUUUUCACUUAAAAAGAUUUGAUAUCCAGGGCUCCGUGAAGAGGAAGCUGAGGGCAGAUAUCCGGUACCCACUCACCAACCUGGACCUCACUCCUUACAUCUGUCCAGUUUUCCGGAAACAUCCUAAGUACAACCUCUGUGCAGUGGUGAACCACUUUGGCGAUCUGGAUGGUGGCCACUACACUGCCUUCUGCAAGAACUCAGUGACUCAGGCCUGGUAUAGCUUUGAUGACACCAGAGUCAGUGAGAUUCCAGAUACUUCAGUUCAAACGGCUACAGCGUAUCUUCUGUUCUACAGCUGCCAGCCCUUUUCUAUACCGACACAGAAACCCAAGAGCUAGGACAGCACUUCUGAUCACUGCAAACAAGCCGUCAGAAAAUGCAUGGUGUGCCUUGUCAUUAAACCCUUACCAGUUACUUA